AUGUUCAACCCUAUGAUGAUGGGUGGGAUGGGUAUGGGGGGCAUGCCAAUGCUGAUGGGCCCUGGCGUCCUCCCCGGUAUGAUGAUGGGUACUCCUGGCAUCCUCCCCGGAAUGCCAGGGGUUGGCAACCUGCCCAGGGGAUACUUUGGUAGAGAUCAGCUGGGAAGAGAUUUUGCUGGUCCAGGCGGUGUUGGCUCGAGUGCUCCCUACAGACCCCCUGACCCCAGUGCUCUUCCGCCCAUGCCCUUUGGUUUGCCUGUACCCGCACGUCCAGGCCAGGAGGGGUACGACCAGUUCGGUCGCAUGCUGCCUCCGGAGCUGCCUGAGGGGUGGGACGGGUGGGGACGACCAAUCGUAGCUGCAGGCGCCAAUGCUCCCCCUCAGCCCCUUCCUCAGCAACAGCAACAAAUGCCGCUCCAGCAAGGGCCACCUAUGGGCGGUUCGAGGGUGGCUCCGAGUCAUGGAAGAUCCGGCACGAGUUCCGCUAUGGAGUCCGAUGCAGGAUCAGGAAGACCAGAUCAACCUGCCUGCUUCAAUAGACCUCCCGCCAAAGAAGAUUCUUACUAUCGCUACGAGCCCUUCGAAGCCUUUUCCUUCUCCGCCCAUCUCCUCAAUCACCCGCACCAGCUGCACCUGCCACCCGAGAUUGUUAGCCGCGAUGUGAAUGAACAGGAUUGGAUGAAGUUUAUUGAAGAUUUGGCCCGCGAAGCCCUUAGCGGUGCUAGACACUCCCUCAUGCGCCAAGCCCGGGGCGAACACACAGGCCCAGACCCCCUCUUAUCCGAAAGCGUUCACUCCCUCCUCGCCUCCUGGGCUGUAGCCUUCUUUGCUCCCCGCGGCAUUCGCGUCUACGCAGCCAAAAAUGGUACCAAAGUUGUUCCUCCGCCUAUCGACCCGCCAGGUCAGAGGGGCUAUACUUUGCCGUCAGAAUGGAGCGAUGAUGACUUGUCGUCCGAGGACGACUUUGGAUAUGGGAGCGAGUUUGAAGAGGAAAGAGAGGCUAGAAAAGCAGACAUGCACCUGCCAAAGAGGGAGAGGGAGGUUCGUAAGGAUGAAAGGUUGAGAAUGAGGAGACGGGAGAGGAGGCGAACUUUCAGGCUGUCGGAGGUCAAGGGCACGGAAGUGAGAGGCGGUUGGGAGGUGCACUUUAUACCAGCCACUCCAACUCUCUGGCAACCCGGUAUGCGGCCACAGGUCUACGGAGAGCCCAAGGCUAGGUUGAGACGUUGA